GGAAAUGCGGGAGAUUCACGUGCUGUUCUCAGUGUAGAUGGCUACGCAAUCCAAAUGUCAGAUGAUCAUAAACCCGUUAACCAAGGCGAAGCUAUGCGGAUUCAGAGAGCCGGUGGAUUUGUUGAAUUUGGACGAGUUAAUG